CUUUCAAAGCAUUACUAUCGGUUUACGACAAGACCAACCUUCUCGAUCUCGCAAGCGGGCUGCAUAGCGCCGGCGUGCGCCUCCUCGGCUCUGGCGGUACCGCGAAGAAGAUCAGAGAGGCGGGCAUUCCUAUCGAAGAUGUUUCGGACAUCACGAAGGCCCCUGAGAUGCUCGGUGGUCGGGUAAAGACCCUGCACCCCGCAGUUCACGGAGGUAUCCUUGCGCGUUCCAUUCCCUCGGACGAGGCGGACCUCAAGGCGCAGGACAUCUCGCCCAUCUCGAUCGUUGUCUGCAACCUGUACCCGUUCACAGAGACCAUUGCAAAGCCGAGCUGCACGCUCGCUGACGCCGUCGAGGAGAUCGACAUUGGCGGCGUCACUCUGCUCCGCGCCGCCGCGAAGAACCACGCCCGCGUCUCCAUCCUCUCCGACCCGGCGGAUUACGCGGAGUUCCUCGCCGCCUGGAAGGAGAGCAAAGGCGACAUCAGCCAGGCUAUCCGCAGCAAGCUUGCCUUGAAGGCGUUCGAGCAGACGGCCAAAUAUGACGACGCGAUCAGCGGGUACUUCAGGCAGCAGUACGCGUCCUCAGACCUACCGGCUGAGCAGCUGGCGGGCCCCGUUCAGCGCACGGCCCUCCGCUAUGGCGCGAACCCGCACCAGAAGCCCGCACAGGCUUUCGUAACGGAGGGAGAACUGCCUUUCAAGGCGUUGUGCGGUUCCCCUGGAUACAUCAACCUUCUCGAUGCACUCAAUUCAUGGGGGCUCGUCAAGGAGCUUUCGGAGGCGCUGAACCUUCCGGCGGCCGCAUCGUUCAAGCAUGUUUCGCCCGCGGGCGCUGCCGUCGGUCUUGAGUUGAACGAAGUGGAGAAGCAGGUGUAUGGUGUGGAUGAUCUAAAGGAGCCGUUGACUCCUCUUGCAUGCGCAUAUGCUCGUGCUCGUGGUGCUGACCGCAUGUCCUCCUUCGGCGACUUCAUUGCCCUGUCCGCACCUUGCGACCUCGCAACUGCGCGCAUCAUCUCACGGGAGGUCUCGGACGGCAUUAUUGCACCGGGCUACUCGCCCGAAGCCUUCGAGGUCCUCAAGAAAAAGAAGGGCGGCAAGUACUGCGUUCUCCAGAUCGAUCCCGCGUACACGCCCUCGGAAAUUGAAACGCGCCAGGUGUACGGCGUGUCCCUGCAGCAACGUCGUAACGACGCGAAGAUAGACGCGAGCCUCUUCUCCAACAUCGUGACUAAAAACCAAGAGCUCAACAGCCAGGCCGUGACAGAUCUCAUUGUCGCGACGCUCGCGCUCAAGUACACGCAGUCAAACAGCGUCGCGUACGCGUACCGCGGCGCGACGGUCGGCAUCGGCGCGGGCCAGCAGUCGCGCAUCCACUGCACGCGUCUCGCGGGCACGAAGGCGGACCUCUGGUGGCUGCGACACCACGCGCGCGUGCUCGCGCUCCCGUUUAAGAAGGGCGUGAAGCGCGCGGAGAAGGCGAACGCGAUCGACCUCUUCGUCGCGGCCGAGCCGCUCGCGGGCUCCGAGCGCGCGCAGUGGGAGGCGCUCUUCGACGCGCCGCCCGUGCUGCUCACGGAGGAGGAGCGCGCGGCGCACAUGGCGCAGCUCGACGGCGUCGCGUGCUCGAGCGACGCGUUCUUCCCGUUCCCGGACAACGUGCACCGCGCGCGGCGGAGCGGCGUGCGCUACCUGGCUGCGCCGAGCGGGAGCGUUAUGGACGCGGAGUGCAUCAAGGCGGCGGACGAGCACGAGAUCGUGUUCGCGCACACCGCGCUGCGGCUCUUCCACCACUGAGCGGGCCCUGGCCUCGCCCGUCCCCUGGCCGCGGGAGCGAUCGGGCCCCGGAGGGCGAAUAUUUGCUAUGGGUCGUUAGCCCGAUGCGCCGCCAGAACAAAAGAGUUGUGGACGGGGGCGGAGGGACUCAGACCGGCGGUGGGAGGCCCAUGGGGUCAAAAUAUUGACGGGCGGGUUUCCGAUGGGAAGCGGCGACCGCGUUCUUAGAAGUCAGCUCGAGAAAUCUGUUGUAUCAGCACACGUAAAGCAGGCCAUGGCAUGAGAGGUUCAU